UGCUCGUAGUUGUUGCAUUCAAGAGAUGAGUAAUCCUAGUUCCUCACCGGUAGCUCCCAUCUCCAAGAGGUUACAAGGUAAAGUUGCAAUCAUAACAGGUGGUGCAAGUGGUAUUGGAGAGUGCACGGCCAAAUUGUUCGUGCUUCACGGAGCUAAAGUCAUCAUUGCUGAUAUUCAAGACGAUUUGGGAAAGUCUGUCUGUAAAGAUGUAAUGGAUUCUACCGGAGGAACCAUGUCUUAUGUUCACUGCGAUGUAUCAAAAGAAAAGGAUGUGGAAAAUCUAAUCGACAUAACCAUGAAGAAGUACGGAAAGCUUGACAUAAUGUUCAAUAAUGCUGGAAUCACCGGAGACCUAGACAGAUCAAUUUUGAGUGGUAAAUUCGAAAAUUACAAGCGAGUUUUUGAUGUAAAUGCACUUGGUUCUGUCUUGGGAGCUAAACAUGCUGCUAGAGUUAUGAUUCCAGCCAAGAAAGGAAGCAUAUUGUUCACUUCUAGUGUUGCUUCUGUAGUUGCUGGUGAGACUCCGCAUGCUUAUGCCAUGUCCAAACAUGCAAUUGUGGGAUUAACAAAGAAUCUGUGUGUGGAAUUGGGGCAGUAUGGAAUUAGAGUCAAUUGUAUAUCUCCUUAUGGAGUUGUCUCGCCAAUGUUUACUGGUGCAACUGGUGUGGAGGCAAGUAAGCUAGAGGAGAUAGUUUAUAAGUCUGCAAACUUGAAAGAAACGGUAGUCAGGGCCGACGACAUAGCGGAGGCAGCAGUGUAUCUGGCUAGCGAUGAAUCUAAAUAUGUAAGUGGGAUUAAUCUUGUUGUUGAUGGAGGUUAUAGUACAACCAAUCCUUCAUUUGUUAUGGCUAAAAAAAGCAGAAUAUGAGCAAUAGUACUAAAUGUGUAUUUGAUUACAUUCUGUUACCAAAUUAUCACACUUUAUAAAUAAAUUUAUGCCCCA